UGAAGCGCUCAGCGUCGGUGAACAGGGUCAUGUUCCUUUAACAUCUCACCACAUCUGACUCGCUUCCCUCAGCGCCCCACCCAGAGCUCCUGAGCUGAAGUUUGACACCGUUACCAGCCUGCUCUCAUUCCCGCCGUCUGCUGGGCUUUGACUGACCGCUCCCGUCCGUGCCCACACACAGAGACAGAGAGAGAGAGAGAUCAGUGCAGCAUGCCUCUUGGGGGUGGAAACAAAUGCGGCUGCUGCCAGAAAACGGUGUAUUUUGCAGAGGAAGUGCAGUGUGAAGGGCGGAGCUUCCACAGAUCCUGCUUCCUGUGCAUGGUGUGCAGGAAAAAUCUAGACAGCACUACUGUGGCCGUUCAUGAGAACGAGAUCUACUGUAAGGCCUGUUACGGCAAAAAGUACGGGCCCAAAGGCUACGGCUCCGGCGCCGGUGCAGGAACUCUGAGCAUGGAUAAAGGAGAGUCACUGGGAAUCAAACAUGUGGAGCCUCAAGAACACCGGCCAACCAAUAACCCCAACACAUCCAAGUUCGCUCAGAAGUUUGGCAGCUCUGAUGUUUGUCCACGGUGUAGCAAGGCCGUCUACGCAGCUGAAAAAGUCAUAGGGGCAGGAAAUGCAUGGCACAGGGGUUGUUUCCGAUGUGCAAAGUGUGGCAAGGGACUGGAAUCUACAACUUUAGCCGACAAGGAUGGAGAAAUCUUCUGCAAAGGUUGCUAUGCUAAAAGCUUUGGACCAAAGGGCUUUGGAUACGGUCAAGGCGCUGGAGCGCUGUCACACACCCAGUAGAUCAGCGUGACAACUUACCCCACGUUCCUUCACUCGUAAGCAAGAAGGAAACCGGAGUCCAGAAGCUUCAUGCCUAAACCUUAAACGCGACGCAUUCCAGAUCUCAACACAUUCCACAAAGCAUCAUGUCGUUGUCUUAAACCCAUAAACAUCUCUUCUUAACUCUUGAACGGUGACAAAUGCUUGGAAGAAUGUCAAGCAUGUAAACUAAACAUGAGUUUAAGACUUAAUCUGCUCACCUAAGAUCGCUUGAGAUGGCACAGGUUUCGUGGAACCUGAGCUGUGAGUGUUCCUCUGCUUAGACGCGCUGCCUGUUCUCAGAUGGUUUGCCACAUGCUUGUUUGAGCUUUAAUCACUCUAAAGAAUGUUUUCUUCAGCAUGAAUGACAAGUCACAAGCGCUCCCUGGAUUAAGGUGCACUAAACUGAUUUGACUAUCAAUGGAAAGACAUCCCACAUAUGCCUUCUGCACGUACUGUACUUCAAGAAUACGGUUAGAAGUAAAUGUACAAAUAUGCACGA